AUGUCCAAUACAAGUGACAAUUUUUAUCAGUCCAUUCAACCAUUCAUAGAUGGCUCAUCUCCCUCCGGAGUAAACUAUACCACCUUCAAGGUAUCAUACAACAGCAUCGAGAAUGCCAACGGCCCGAGAUUCCUAGGUUCUACUACGAAUCGAAAACUCCGGAAUCCAUACGAUUCCUUACUCACCGUCAAUGUCACAGCGGACUAUUUGCAAUCUGUUAGCUAUCAAGAUGCAAACACCACGUUCCUUACAUUUCUGAUCAUGGAAGCCGACCCCAACUGGGCGAACGGAAGCCUUGCCUGGGAAGAUUCCCUUGUGAAGGCUACUGAAUGUGGACUUUCUCUAUGUGUCAAUGCCUACAAUUCCAGCGCGAAGAAUGGCAGUCUGAUGGAAGAGAAAGUGGCUUCCUGGCAGGAUAGACAGUCCGACUCAUGGCGACUGACCGGUGGUCAUGAGGGUAUGUUGGAGGAAGGGUGGGAGGAGAGAAAUCCCUCAUUCAGCGUCAAGUACAACUUUAACAGAAGCGACCUGCAACUUACGAUACCUGACUCGGAUUUGGCGCGAGAUUUAAGUCUCAACACCACCGAGCGGUUCAACAUCACCCAAGGCACCAUUGCGAGUAUUCAGUCCUGGAUUAUGACUUGGGGGUUCGGUGCCGCAGAAACAGGCUGCGGCAUUGGAACACCGGCCGUCAUCGUGUAUCCCACGAAUGCUGACAAUCCGCAUCCCCUGGCAGAUGUCCUUCAGAAUUCCAACGACCUGAAGGCCACAUUCGCGAAUCUUUCCAGCAGCAUCACAAGCUACAUCCGUGACAGUUCCGGCAUCAGAGUCUCAGGAGACACCUACGAGUAUGUCAUCAAAUUCCGAGUCCGGUGGGCGUUCUUCGCAGUCCCUGCGCUCCACAUCCUAGGGGGCAUUACCUAUGUCCUAGCCAUCUUGUGGCAAACUAAGAAGUCUGGACUCCCCGUGUGGAAAAACAGUCUUAUUCCCACCCUUGCCUAUGGCUUGGACACUCCCGCGCAAGACAGACUGCGCUCCUCGCAUGGACAUCUUGACCUUGCGAGCGAAGCCGUCAGAAGUAAGAUGAUGGUGACCUUUGAUACCAGGGAAGUUCGGCCGCGGCUUCGCUUGUUUACUCCCGACGACGAAAAAUAA